AUGGGGCAAAAUGUGGAAGUUCAGAGAGCUAUAACGGCUGAAGAUUCGGACCUUUCGUGGUCUACUCAAUCAAUGGAAGAAGCUGAAGAAUUAAGGUUUGUUUGCAAGUUGUGUGACAAAAGGUACCCAUGUGGGAAGUCACUGGGGGGUCACAUGAGGUCUCAUGUGAUUGCAAAUUCUGCUGAAUCACAAGAAAAAGUUGAAGCCUAUAUGAAAAAAGUGUCUUGUUUCAAUGGUGAAAGGAAUUCUAGUUCUAAGAUGGAGACUAGAUUUGAGUUUUCUGGGAAUCCUGGUUAUGGUCUCAGAGAGAACCCCAAGAAGACAUGGAGGAUUGUGGAUUCAAACAAUCCUUUGCCCCAGGACAAGGUCUGUAAACAAUGUGGUAAAGGGUUUCAAUCACUGAAAGCAUUAUGUGGGCACAUGGCUUGUCACUCAGAGAAAGAGAGGGUGUGGAAGGAUGAUCAUUCAUGGACUAGUCAGAAUCAGAAGCAAGUGAUGGAUAGUGAUUCAGACACAGAGGCUGGGGAUCCAAAUCAGGGAAGAAGAUCCAAAAGUAAGAGGUACAAAACGUUCUCUGUUAAAUCUUCUUUUACUUUUGGUAAUGGGUCUGCAUCUGUUUCUGAGAUUGAUGAGCAAGAACAAGAAGAGGUAGCUAUGUGUUUGAUAAUGUUGUCUAGGGAUUCUGGGAUUCGGGGCGGUGUGAAUUCAGUUGUGGAGUCUUCUGAUAACAAUUCAGUGGUCUUAGAGACUAAAUCAUCUUCUAUUGAUAUGAGAAUUGGUAGAAAGGAAGUUCUUAACUCUGUAGAUAACAAUGGUGAUGAGACUCUGAGAAUGAAGAAACUAGGAGGAAAGAAAUUAAAGUCUAGUGUUUUGGAUGAUGAGAUUGCUCAAUUUGAGAGUUCUGACUCUGAUUACUUCAUAAAUGGAUCUAAGAAGGUUGAAUCAGACAUUUCUGAUGAUGGGGUUCUCAGAAAUGGUGAAUACAAGAAGCUUGAAGUGAGUGGUGAUGCUAAAAUUGAUGAGUCUGGUGCUAAAUUAGAGAAGGGUGUAACCAAAUGCUAUGAAACAGGAGGGGAGAAAGAUUUGAUUAAGAAAAGAGUGUAUUAUGAUUCUAGAAUUGUUCCUAAUUCGACAAACUAUGAUAAAAGAAAGAGAACCAAGGAUGGUUCCUAUAGUCCUGAAUCUUCAGAUGCCAAAGCAUAUGAAAAUGCUCACAAGAGAAGCAAAUAUGAGUGCUUGACCUGCAAGAAGGCCUUCAGCUCUUUUCAGGCUCUCGGGGGACACAGACCGUGCCACAAAAGAAACAAUGUCUGUAUCAAUUCAAGAUAUGAGAGUGGUGAGAACAGCAUAGAAGGUGGUAUUAAUCCUGAUUUCAUACCCAAUGGAAAGUUUCAGAAAUCUAUUAGUUACAAGAACCCAAUUGCCAAAGAUUUGUCUUGCAAUGCUGAGAAAAAAUCUAGGUCCAAGAAAAGCAAAGGGCAUGAGUGCCCAUAUUGCAACAGGAUUUUCAAGUCUGGCCAAGCUUUAGGGGGUCACAAGAGGUCUCACUUUAUUGGAGGGCGUGAAAACAUUAGCAAUCAGACACCAUUAAUCAAGCAAGAUAUUCCUGAUUUACUUGAUCUCAAUCUACCUGCUCCUAUGGAUGAUGAGGCAGAUGGACAAGUUGAAUUCCUCCCAUGUGGGUUCGAGUCAGCUCGCACUGACCAGAGAGGAGCACCUCACAUGCAUAAAGAAUUGCCGAAAGUGAAGCCGUAUAACAGUAAGAGCCAAGAUAAAAGCGUGAGGGGCAUGGUUUAUGCCAUGAUUGGGUCUUUCUGA